AAGUCAAGUGGAUCCCAGCUCGUCCACACACACGCCACUCUCUACCCGGGAAGGCGGCUUAGACGAUGCCUCUGAAGAGGUGACCACCGCCGGAUACAUACGCACAUUUCCCCGGCAAUGGAAAACAAAUGAAUCCGAUCUGAAAUCAGCUGCUGCAUCUCAUAAAACAUGGCGAGGAUGAGGCGGUGAGAGCUCAAGAGAGAAGCGCUUCUCCUGGACGGAGGGGAGGGGAGCCUGCGGCGCUCUCUUGUCCUCGUAAGAGGAUAAAGAAAAAGCGAAAUCAAGCUAUUUAUAGCGGACUGUCUGGGCUAUCCACCGGCCACACCAUGAGCGGCGGGCCGGAUGAGAGCACGGUGCGCGUCGCCCUGAGGAUCCGCCCUCAGCUGGCCAAAGAAAAGAUCGAGGGCUGCCACAUCUGCACGUAUGUGAUGCCCGGGGAGCCCCAGGUGUUUCUGGGUAAGGACAAGGCCUUCACCUACGACCACGUCUUGGACAUAGACUCCCAGCAGGAAAGCAUCUACACCCACUGCACCGAGAGUCUCAUCGAAGGCUGCUUUGAGGGCUACAACGCCACGAUCGUUGCGUACGGACAGACGGGUUCGGGGAAGACCUACACCAUGGGAACCGGCUUCGACGUUAACAUCGGAGAGGACGAGCUGGGGAUCAUUCCCCGCGCCGUCAACCACCUGUUCAGAGGCAUCGAGGAACGCAGAGAGGCGGCCACCGAGCAGGGCAGGCCUGUUCCUGAGUUCAAGAUCAACGCACAGUUCCUGGAGUUGUACAACGAGGAGGUGCUGGACCUGUUCGACUCGACGCAAGACAUCGAGGCCAGGAAGCAGAGAUCCAACAUCAAAAUCCACGAGGACGCCAACGGAGGCAUCUACACCGUGGGGGUCACCACACGCACCGUCACUUCUGCAGCUGAGAUGAUUCAGUGUCUGAAGCUGGGCGCUCUGUCUCGUACCACCGCCAGCACUCAGAUGAACUCCCAGAGUUCGCGCUCUCACGCCAUCUUCACCAUCCACCUGUGCCAAGUGCGAGUCUGCUCUCCUGAUAACGACGAGAACGUCACAGACAACCGUCUCGCUAGCGACUCAGAGAUUAACGAGUUUGAGACGCUGACGGCCAAGUUCCACUUUGUGGACCUGGCUGGUUCUGAGAGACUGAAGAGAACCGGAGCGACAGGAGACAGAGCCAAAGAGGGCAUCUCCAUCAACUGUGGGCUGCUUGCUUUGGGAAAUGUGAUCAGCGCUCUGGGAGACAGGAGUAAACGCUCCACUCACGUGCCUUACAGAGACUCCAAACUGACCCGGCUGUUACAGGACUCACUCGGUGGCAACAGUCAAACGGUGAUGAUCGCCUGUAUCAGCCCGUCGGACCGCGACUUCAUGGAGACCUUGAACACUCUGAAGUACGCCAACAGGGCCCGAAACAUCAAGAACAAGGUGAUGGUGAACCAGGACAAAGCCAGCCAGCAGAUCAGCACCCUGAGGACGGAGAUAGCGCGACUGCAGAUGGAGCUGAUGGAGUACAAGACGGGGAAGCGUAUGGUGGGGGAAGAUGGCAUAGAGGGCAUCAACGACUUGGUCCAUGAGAACUCCAUGCUGCAAACGGAGAACAACAACCUGAGGGUGAGAGUGAAGGCCAUGCAGGAGACCAUCGACGCCCAGAGAGCCAGACUCACACAGAUCCUCAGUGACCAGGCCAACCAGGUCCUGGCGAGAGCAGGUGAAGGCAGUGAAGAGAUCGGGAACAUGAUCGAGAACUACAUCAAAGAAAUCGAGGAGCUCAGAGCGAAGCUCCUUGAAAGCGAAGCUGUGAACGAGAAUCUCAGGAAGAGUCUGUCUCGGGUCUCCACGCGCUCCUCGCUGUACGCAGGCCCCGGGGGCUCCUUCUCCACGGCCCUGCUCGCCCCGGAGAAGGAGGCCAGUGACGUCAUCGAGAUGGCCAAGAAAAGCCUGGAGAAACUGAAGAAGAAGGAGAGGAAGAAGAAGAAGAGACUAAGGCGAUAUGAGGAGAAUCACCACCAAGAGGUUGAACACAUCAGUGUUAUCAAAGAGGAAGUGCCAGACAAUGACCACGAGCGAGGCAACGAGGAGGCAGAGGAGGGCAGCGACCACGAAGAAGGCGAGGAUGCAGAUGGAGAGGAGGAGGACUUCGACAUGGCGGGAGACGAGACGUCUGACGAGUCCGACUCUGAAGAGGAGAAAGAAAACGUCCAGGCCGACCUGGCCAACAUCACCUGCGAGAUCGCCAUCAAGCAGAAGCUGAUAGACGAGCUGGAGAACAGCCAGCGGCGUCUGCACACUCUCAAGCAGCAGUACGAACAGAAGCUGACGAUGCUGCAGAACAAGAUCAUAGACACACAGCUGGAGAGGGACAAGGUGCUGCAUAAUAUGGGUUCAGUGGAGUCGGGUACGGACGAGAAGGCCAAGAAGAUAAAAACGGAGUACGAGAGGAAGCUGACCUCCAUGAACAAAGAGCUGCAGAAGUUGCAGUCUGCUCAGAAGCAGCACGCCCGCCUGCUGAAGAACCAGACGCAGUACGAGAAGCAGCUCAAGAAACUCCAGCUGGAUGUGACUGAGAUGAAGAAGACCAAGGUGGUGCUGAUGCGUCAGAUGAAGGAGCAGCAGGAGAGAAACAGAGCCACGGAGUGCAGGAGGAACAGGGAGAUUGCCUCUCUGAAGAAAGACCACCGCAGAGCUGAGUACCAACUGAAGCAGAUGGAGGCCCAGAAAAGACAACAGGAGUUGAUUCUUCGCAGGAAGAAUGAAGAGGUGACCGCUCUCAGGCGGCAGGUGAGGCCCGUGUCUGGGAAGGUGAGCAGGAAGGUGAACUUACCUGAACCUCUCCAGGAGCCGUCUCAUAGAGCCACCCCGGGGAGGAUGCAUACAUCUGGAGCGUCUACAGCAAAUGGAGCCAGGAGUUCCCCAGUGCGGAUAGGAAGGAUCUACGUCAACAGGACAGCCAGGACCAAAUGGCAGUCACUGGAGAGGCGUGUCACUGACAUCAUCAUGCAGAGGAUGACCAUCUCUAACAUGGAGACGGAUAUGAACAGACUUCUGAAGCAACGGGAGGAGCUGACCAGGCGGAGGGAGCGAGUGUCCAGAAAGAGAGAAAAGAUGGCGGUGGAGGGCGCAGACGCCGACCGUUCCCUGGCCUCCCUGAACGAGGAGCUGGAGUCUCUGAGCGCCAACAUCGACUAUAUCAACGACGGCAUCGCCGACUGCCAGGCCAACAUCAUGCAGAUGGAGGAGGCCAAGGAGGAAGGAGACACAGGAGAUGUCACAGCGGUGAUUAGCUCCUGUAAUUUAUCAGAGUCCCGCUUCCUUCUGGAUCAUUUCAUGACUAUGGCCAUAAGUAAGGGUCUGCAGGCAGCUCAGAAGGAUUCCCAGCUGAAGGUGAUGGAGGGCAGGUUGAAGCAAACAGAGAUCAACAGCGCCACCCAGAACCAGCUGCUGUUCCACAUGCUGAAGGAGAAAGCGGAGAUCAACCCGGAGCUGGACGCUCUGCUGGGCAGCGCUCUGCAAGAGUUAGGUUACCUUUCACCAGAGAAUGGAGAUGACAGCAGUAGUGAUGAGUCCACCCUCAGUGCCUCUGCAGACGGCAGCACACUGGCAUCAGAUCUAAUGAAGUUAUGUGGUGAACCCAGACCGAGAGGCAAGGCUCGCAGACGGACCACCACCCAGAUGGAGCUGCUGUAUGCCGGCAUUGGGGAUCCGUCCUGCGAAUCCCCCUGCGGAGACUUCCCGGCCCCUCUGCUGCCCCUCUCCGAGCGCCUGGAAGGGUCUGCAGACAUGCAGGGUCACGCGUCUGGUCAAACCCCUGACCAUGAGCAAACUGCUUCCCCAUCUGCUGUGUCUGCCAGGCCAGCUGGCAUUUCUGGAUCCAGGUCACCUACAGGGACUGAGAAAAGGCAUGUGGAGCGUUCGCCCCUCAGCCGCAGGAAGGUGCAAGAGAGAGGAGCCACGCCGUCGCACAUCCCAGCACCCAUACACACAUCUCCGCUCAGCACCGCAGAGACUAAAACUAAAGGCAGUGAGCACAAAUCACUGUUGGAGGAGUCACCUGUAUUUGAAGGCCACAGAGGUGUGAUCAACCCUGUGACGGCCCAGAAGAACAGCCGCGGGGUCAAACUGCAGUGUGUCUACGUAGCAGAGGGGCACACCAAACCUGUUCUCUGUGUAGACGCCACCGAUGAUCUGCUCUUCACAGGAUCUAAAGACCGUACGUGUAAAGUCUGGAACUUGGUGACGGGUCAGGAGAUCAUGUCUCUGGCAGAUCAUCCCAGCAGUGUCGUCUCAGUCAGAUACACUUCCAGCCUCGUGUUCACUGUCUCCACCGCUUACAUCAAAGUGUGGGACAUACGAGACUCCGCCAAGUGUAUCCGCACACUCACGUCAUCAGGCCAGGUGGGUUCAGGGGACAUCUGUUCGUCCGUCAGGAGUUUAUCCAUCCCACCAGGAGAGAGUCAGAUCAACCAGAUUUCUCUCAACCCUUCCGGCUCCUUCCUUUAUGCAGCCGCUGGCAAUGCUGUGCGCAUGUGGGACCUUCGCAAGUUUGCGUCCACGGGGAAGCUGACCGGCCAUUUGGGACCGGUCAUGUGUCUGACUGUUGACAAAUUAGGUAAUGGACAGGAUGUUGUUCUCACUGGCUCCAAAGACCAUCACAUUAAAAUGUUUGAGGUGGCGGAAGGUGCUCAGGGUAGUAUCGGCUCCAGCCAAACGUUUGAACCCGCUCAUCAGGAAGGCGUGGAGUCUCUGACCGUGCACGGAGAUGUUUUCUACAGCGGCUCCAGAGACUACUACAUCAAGAAGUGGGAUUUAGCCAGUAAACAGCUGCUACAGUCUGCCAGUGCCCAGGCAGAUUGGGUUAGCGCUCUGGGCGUGGUGCCAGGCUCCCCCGUGCUCCUCAGUGGCUGCAGAGGAGGGCUGCUGCGUCUCUGGCACGCCGACACGCUAGCGCCCCUCGGCGAGGUCCGUGGACACGACAGUCCCAUCAACGGCCUGGCCACAAACAGCAGCCAACUGUUCACUGCCUCAGAUGACCGCACAGUAAAGAUUUGGGAAGCCAAAGGGUCUCUGGAGGAAGGAGUCCACUGACAUCUGCCUCCUCAUCAUCACAGAACGGAUCUGACGUCGAGGAUCGUCUACCGGCCUUUACCCAAUAAAUAUUAUUAAUUUGGCACGCGACUACACCCCCCAUGACUUGAUGAAGUGUUUGAUGGGAACCCAAACUAGUUCGUGAUGCACGAAAGUGUGAAAGAAAUAUGUUUGAACAACACUGAUGCUCUACAGGGAUCAUUUUCAGGGAAAUCUAAUUAGCUGUGACUACUCUCGGUUUAUCAAGCUGAGUGUAUUUACUGAUAUUUUAGGUCAAGACGAAUCACAGUGGAGCCUCUCGAGUCUCCUGUAAAGCUUCACAGACUACAGAACAGCUGUGAUGGACAGUAUCUAUCAUAACGUGACAGAAAACAACAAAGUUAAAGUAAAAAUAUGGACUUUUAUGUCCGUCGAUCCAGGGGUCUCUCCUGCUUUCAACAUUCCUCCCCUCAGUUCAGCGCUACACAACAUGGAUACCUUCUUUGCCUAUUUCGCUGUAGCUGCUGAGGAAAAAAAAACAGGUUUUGGUGAAAUGCUUUACUUCUUAGCACCAAUUGUUGAUUCCUGAAAGAAUCCAAGACAAGACAUAGAGAUCUUCUGCACACCAGCAAUUACCUUGAGUCUGAGUGUAUCCCGUGUGUUCACAUGAUACGUGAUGUGUUGUGUCUUCCUGUAUUGCACUCUAGGUCAUCCUCGUUCUGUAAGCAAGGACCAAAUAACUACUGAAGCUGCUUAUGGUCUUAACUUCCAGCUGUUACUGCCAAACCCUAGUGGAACAUGAGAGGCCUCUAAAUAAAGCAUAGCCUAUCGUGCUCCGGUCGUACAAAUCUGUUAGUCCCUGUUCAUUUCAUCCGUUUCUGACCCAUAUUAGGAAUUAAAGUUUGUGUAUCAUAUCUGAACAAUAUUCCUAAAUAGGCUACUGCCUUACAAUAGCCAAACGCAGUAGCUAACUACAAACAGAAUGUUUCCUUUAGCUUAGGCUACGUGUGCAUAAUGACUUAAUACAUUUAAAUAUUAAGAUAUAUAAAUAUAAAGAUUUAAAAGCAGCUUGACCGCAUCAAAUCAUGUAACUUCCUCUAGUUUCAGAGGAGACAACAGUUACUUCAACUCUGCUAAGCUAGGCUAGUUAGCUUUUAGCUAGUCUUGUAUAACUGCUGUUACAAUGUGAUUUAACUUCUAACCUUAUUUUAGUAGUAGGUUAUAACAAACUCAAAUGCUAAGAUGUUGGAUUUAUAUAAGCUGCAAGAAACACAAAGCGUAAAAGUGGGUAAAUUAGCUUUCUCCAGCUAGCUUAAUGAUUUUGUAGCUGUUAAAAAGUAAGAUUAUAACUCAAUGUAAGCUAGUUACUGCACUUUGGCUUUGUAGGGCAGCAUAGUUACAACACAGUUACCAUACAGAACAUGUUUAUCUAUAAAUCAAUGUAUUAGAGUGGCUGUUACAUCCGGAUACAAAUAAUACAGGAGUCUUAAUGUUUUCCAAACUGCUUCAAUAUUUCAGUCUGUGAUUUGUUCACAAAAAGCAGCUGGGAUUGUGCGCUCAGUAUUCUCUGGUGACACACACACACACACACACAGUUUCCUUUAAGCACUUAGUUUCCUCUGCUGAAUAGUGUUACUGUCCCAUCGGCACGCUCCCGUCUUGCAAGGAAACUUCACUUCCAGGAUUUUGAUUCUUCCAAUUAAAUGUUUACCCACUGAGAUUUACUCUGUCUAACCUUUAGUAGCCGUGCAGUACUUUUAAAUCUGAAGUACGGCUCUGUCAGCUACUUUUAGAAACAUCUUCAAGCCGUUUCAUGAGAAGAGAAGUUCUUUGCAAUCUGAUGGAAUCGAGCACCUUGUAAUUCCUAAAUCACGGGACAUGACGUGUAUUUUCACGUGUGUGUUUCAAUCCAAAUGAUGCGAUAAGUUCUCCAUGUACAGUAGCCUACUGUUUCUCUCCAUCCCUACUGAGUGUCUAUAAACUGCACACAUGCUGCAGUUAACCAUAUCAAACAUCAUUCAAUCUUUUAAAUGUGAGUCUAAAAUGCUUAUUUUUAUUUAUUUGUUUCAUGGAUUUUCCUGAUGUGUCUUCCUUACCAAUCAGAGAUUUUGAACUCCUUUCCGUCUAAUGCCUCUAAUAUCUUAGAAUCAUAGACGAUGGACUGCACACUAUAUGGGAUGGAUCUUUGCAUAAUCAGAUCAUAAUCAUAAUAAUUGCAUAUCAUCAGUGCCUAUAAUGAAAUGAACUGUGGAUGGUGAUAAACAUGAUAAACAUCUUUUAAAUUGAUCUUUGCUGCUCUGAUUUGAAUAUUGGAGGUACUGUGUGUACAAUUCUAAAGUCAAUGGGAUUCAAAAAAUUGCACUGAAAAAUCUACAUUUUUGCAACUUUAAUCAGUUUUUCUCUGUUGUCUAAUAACAUAUUUUAAUACACAGGAGGUAAUAGAUUAGUUACAGAAACUGGAUUCAGUCCCAUUGACUUGCACUUGAAUUGCUAAAUAAAUUAUCCCAAAAGAAAUUCAUUAUGAAUCCGAUAGGCUGCUUAAGAUCUCGAUUAUCCCUCUAAUUGUAGCACCUUAUUUAGAAAAUUGACUGUAAAUCUUCUCUGUAAAUAUGAUUGCUGUUUUCUUCCUGCUGAUUCUCUUGUGCACAAUUUCAAGUGAUUGAAAUAUCUGGUGCAGUGUGAAAAUACAUUUUAAAAUAAAAAAUUGUUUUACAAAUGA